AUGGGACGACGUGCACGCAACAAACAACCUCCUCCAGCUCCUUUGGACGGUCCACCAAAGCAUGCCAAAGCCAAUGGCAAGAAUAAGAAAAAGGGCGCCGAGAUCAAGCGAAAGCGUCAACAGGAGGAGCAGAUCGCACAACCCAAGAAGCAAAAGAUCAACAACAAGAAGGCUUUGAAGAAGCAGCAGCAGCAGCAACCAGAAUCCAGUGACAAUGAAGAGGAAGAGGAAGAGUUCUUGGCUGCUGAAGUUGCCAACCAAGGUGGCGAGGACGAUCUAUGGGACAAUGUGGAGCCUGCUACCGAUGACGAAGACGACGAGCCACUUGACGACGAGUUUGAUAUGGAUGAUCUCGCUUCCGACGACAAUGGUGAUAUCUUCCCCAAGUCCAGCAAGGGUUUCCUUGGAUCUGAUUCCGAAGAAGAAGAAGAGGAAGAGGAGGAAGAGGAAGAGGAGGAAGAAAGUGAUGAAGACGAGGACGAUGAGCAUAUUGCAGAGUUUCAAGGAUUGGAUGAACGCAAAUCUCGAAAGAUUGAAGCAAGAAAGGCACGUGAAGCUGCUGAAGCCGAGGCAGAGUUGAUGGAUGCUGCUAUGCAAACCAACAUUGCUGGUGAUACUGAAGAAACGAGCCACUUUGUCCUUCCUGAAGAUGAAGAAGAAGCCGUCGCUGAUGUCACUGUUGUCAAUCAACGUAUCCAAGAGAUUGUGAACAUCCUCAACAACUUCAAGACACAACGCGAUCCCAAUGUGUCACGUCAAGAAUAUGUGGAUCGUCUUCUUAAAGACAUUUGUGCAUACUAUGGUUACAACUACUUUUUGGCCGAGAAGCUCUACAACUUGUUCUCAGCCUCUGAAGCCAUCGAGUUUUUCGAAGCCAACGAAGUGCCACGUCCUGUUACGAUUCGUACCAACACGCUUCGUACACGUCGUCGUGACCUUGCUCAAGCUCUUAUCAACCGUGGUGUCAACCUUGAUCCUAUUGGCAAAUGGAGCAAAGUGGGUUUGCAAGUGUUCAAUUCACAAGUCCCUAUUGGUGCUACGCCUGAAUACUUGGCUGGACACUAUAUGCUGCAGGCAGCUUCCUCCUUUUUGCCCGUCAUGGCCCUUGCACCUCAAGAAAACGAGCGUGUACUUGAUAUGGCAUCUGCACCUGGUGGCAAGACGACCUAUAUCGCCGCAUUGCAAAAGAAUACAGGCAUGGUGUUUGCCAAUGAUGCCAACAAGGAUCGUCUCAAGAGUUUAAUCGCCAACAUUCAUCGCUUGGGUGUGAGAAACGCUGUUGUGUGCAACUAUGAUGGUCGUGAAUUCCCAAAGGUGCUUGGUGGAUUUGAUCGUGUCCUUUUGGAUGCCCCAUGUUCAGGCACAGGUGUCAUUUCCAAAGAUCCUGGUGUCAAGCUCAACAAGACUGAAAAAGACUUUAUCGAGAUUCCACAUUUGCAAAAACAACUCAUCCUCAGUGCUAUCGACUCGGUGGAUGCUAAAUCAAAGACCGGUGGCUACAUUGUAUACUCAACAUGUUCCGUAAUGGUGGAGGAGAACGAAGCUGUUGUCAACUAUGCAUUAAGCAAGCGUCCCAAUGUUAAGCUUGUGUCCACUGGUCUUGACUUUGGUCGUGAAGGUUUCACAUCAUACCGGGGCAAGAAUUUCCAUCCCACUGUUAAGAUGACCCGACGAUUCUAUCCUCACGUACACAACAUGGAUGGUUUCUUUGUCGCCAAAUUCAAAAAAGUCAGCAACAAGUUUGAUAGCGGUAAAGAGGAAGAAGAUGCAUCAUCAUUAUCAUCAUCAAAACGAUCAAAGAAGAAGAACAACAAGCAAGAACAAGAGGAGGAGACUAUCGGCUUCAAUGAUGAAGAGGAUGCCAAGUACAUUGAAGAAUCCCAAGCAAAGCAAAGAAAGAAGAGGGGCAAGAAAUAA